AUGCCUCACACAUCAUUAGAUCUUACCAAAACAGUUGCCAUUUCCUCGCUAGGGCUCUACGCUGGUCUUCUCACUACUACAACUCUAGUAUCUACUAUUACUCCUAUCGAUCUUCUAACUUCACAAGUGAGACAUUUGGCAUGCGUCAUUGGCUGUUAUGAAUCUGGUUUGGCGGCAUUGAGCACAGGUGCAUUUGCAUUAACUUAUUAUUUAUCCCCUCCUAAGUUAAGAUUGCCAUAUUUGCUAUAUGGUGUCGCCGUCUCGCCAUUGACCUGUGGUUACAUGUACGUUUCAUCCAAAUUAAGUCAUGCAUGGGCUUCCAAGAAAGAAAUCAAGUCGAAUGCAGAAAAUAGCGACAUGAGUUCUCCAGAAGUUGUUGAGGAGCCAACAUCUAAAGUCCCAUUCCAUCAUCCACCAAUUGACGGGAGUGCUGAGGGAGCUGAAUGUCCCUUUGGAAAGAAAGCUCAUAAAAAUGGAGCUUCAGUGAAACCAAAUGCUUCGUGUCAUAAAGCUUUGAAUAUUCAAUUAUGGGUUUCUGCAGCAGCAGCUCUGGGCAUUUUUGUCAAGAUCGUCCACGAAAGCCGUUAUGAACCAACAGUUUUACUCUAG